CUCUUUCGGAACCCUCAUUACACGGCACAUUAUCAUGACGCGUGAUGGAAGAUUGAUUUAUCCUACCACUGCACUUUUGCAACCAUGGAAAAUACCUUGGCUGACCUCGUAAACGCUCUCAGCAACUCCAACCAAUGUCCUUCCGACGACGACACGACAAGGAUCGCCUUUCUGCUAACACGAACAGACGAGCGGCUAUCAGAAUGCUGCGACAGCAUCCGAGCUCUGCAGGACGAUUUCCGUGAAACUGUCGUUCGCUACCACACAGCGCUUGAUAAAGCCUUGAUGCUACGCAAAGAACUCGUCAAAACCAAGAGCAUCUAUGCCACCAUUCUCGCUCCGGUACGGCGCCUGCCCACCGAAAUAUUGAUCCAGAUCUUCCUCCACAGCAUUGGACGACACUUUACCCUGUUCUCUAUUACGCGAGGGCCAUGGGUAUUGGGAAAAGUGUGCAGCCGAUGGAGACAAGUCGUCCUCUCCACUCCAGAGCUAUGGUCCGUUUUUACUCUCUUCCCUCGCGGUAAUCCUCGCCUCUUAAGCAAUCCUACCGUGCUCAUUUCCCUGCUUGACACUGCUCUUCGACUCUCAGGCCAGCGAAACAUCUGCAUAUACGCCGAUGUGUCCAUAGGCCGGCUCAAGGAUGCAGUGGAGGAUAUUUGGAAACAUCUUUCUUUGCAUUCUCAUCGUUGGAAGGACAUCAGACUCCAGAUGGCAGACUCCUUUGCACCUCUAGAUGCCGUUCCAAAAGACGGUCUCCCCGCCCUAGAGAAGCUCUCUCUCUCCAUGGUCAACAGCAUGCACGACCACCCCUGCGACGCUCUUAACAACUCUCCGCGCCUGACGAACCUUACACUGAUCAACGAUGGCGGAUCUCUGAUGACAGCAGGUCUUCCAUGGCACCAGCUCACACACCUCGCCCUUCUAAGCCGUGGUACCCUCCCUGAAGUCCUUCGUCUCCUCCGUCUCUCUCCACGCCUUCAAGUUCUUGAAGCUCUUGGCACAAGAAUACAGGACAGCUGGGCAGUCCCACUCGAGCGCGUGCCCCAUCCUUCCCUCCGCAGGCUGCAGGUAUCCGAUGUAAUGAUCCCUCAACAUCUUAUCCUACCCGCUCUCGAUGACCUCGAUCUCGUUGGCAUCACCAAUAAGCAGAGAUGUGCCGAUAUCAUCUGCAGUCUUAUCGCUCGGUCAAAGAACAUCCUCCGCAAGUUCAGGGUUGUUUGUGACAUGUCGUUGUACGGAGUCAUGAACGCGCUGAAGGCAAUGCCCGAGCUAGCGGAGCUCACUGUUGAAGCACCAGAGAUGGAGGAAUGGUUUGUCAAAGACUUCCUUCAAACCAAAGACUUUUUGCUGUCCCUGCAGAAGGUAUCGUUGACUAUUGGCAACUUUACACCUUCUCGAGAAGCAAGCACCAUAUUGGUCGAUGCGAUAGAGAGACGGUGGAGUUGUACAAUGCGGUCCUGCUAUAUUUCUGCGCCUUUUAUUUUUUGGCACAUUGCUGAUGACGACGUGGUGAGGAUUAGGAAGAUGCAGGAAGAUGGUCUGGACCUCACGAUACGCUAUGCAAAUCGAAGGGUGCUAUAAAGCCCAAGGAGCUUUGACAACUGGUGUAUGGAUUUUGCUUUACUCCGUGUAGCUUGUGACAGCUUACCGUUGGCUCACCGCCCUGCAUGUGCUGUCGACGUGAACAUUGCGCUCUUGAUGAAAAAUGUGCCUUUCUCAAUGUGCUUUUCUGCACAAUUGAUGA